GUUGAGGAUCUUUGUAGCAUGUCCCAUCAUGCACCGUGGCGUCAGUCUCAGCUCGCUGCGGUUCCACAGCCUCUGAUGAGCCUCUGAUGUCCCGCUAGCGCUCACGCUGUGAUCGGAUCGGGAGGACCGGGAGCCUCUCUGAAGGGCUGAUGCCUCUGACGGUCCGGAACUCUACCCGGAGGAGAAAAGACCCGCAGAGACCCGGGGAGGCUUCCUCUUCUGCUCCGAUGAUGGCGCCCACGCGGAUGAAACUGCGAGUGCGUCGCCGUGACAACGCGGCCGCAGGUGCCGCAGCGGGAGGCGGUCAGCCGGAGGAGGAAGAGGAGCGGAGCGGAGAGAGCGGCGGUCGCAGCAGCAGGAGGAAGAACGCCAGCUCGACCACAGCUGCUGCCGCCACCUCCUCCUCGUCACCUCCUCCUCCUCCUCCUCCUCUUCCUCCUCCCUCCUCCUCGGCCUCGGCCUCGGCGCGGGCGGUGAUGGCGGCGGAGGAGGCGUCGCCGGACUCCAAGUGCCCGAUCUGCCUGGACCGCUUCAACAACCUGGCGUACCUGGACCGCUGCCUGCACCGCUUCUGCUUCCCGUGCAUCCAGGAGUGGUCGCACAACAAGGCGGAGUGCCCGCUCUGCAAGCAGCCCUUCGCCUCCAUCCUGCACUCGGUCCGCGCCGAGGACGACUUCAAGGAGUACACGCUGCGGCCGCCGCCCGCCAACAGCAGCGUCGCCGCCACCGUGGCGAUGGUGGCGGCGAUGGCGUCGGCGGCGAGGAGCGACCACCAGAUGAGGCUGAUGCUGAGGAGGCACAGAGGGGCGGACGGCGGGGAGACGAUGACGAGGAGGCGGAGGAGGGAGAGGGGAGGAAGAGGAGGGGGAGGAAGGAGGUCGGGGGUGUGGGAGUGGUACCUCGACUCGCCGCCUCUCGCUCCUCCUCUUCCUCACGACCCCGCCGUCUCUCCCGUUGUUGCCGAGGACAGCGAGGAGGGAGAAGACCUGGAGGAGCCGAGGAUGAGGGGUGGGGCUGAUCUGGCGGAGCGUGGGGUCAUAUUCGAGGGGCUGACGGGACUCGGGGGCGCGGUAGCACCCGUGGCGCCCAACGACCGGGCGUCACGCCGGCUGAUGACUCGUCUGGUGGCGAGGCAGCGUUUGCAGCGAGAAGGUGGAACAAUACGGCGGCUGAGGGAGAGAGAGACGGUGGCCUUCCGCCGCGCUCUCUACCGGAGCGGCAUACGGGUCCGCGGCGUUGCCGGGGUCAACGGUAACCAGGGGCAGGGGCGUGACAUCACAGCAGAGAGCUUCCGCCGAAACCCCACCCACCUGAACAGACUCCGGCCCUGGUUGCGGCGGGAGCUCACGGUGCUGUACGGCGCGCACGGCUCGCUAGUUGACAUCGUACAGCGCAUCAUCAUGGCACGGCUCGCCCGCCACGGCCUGGAGGACACGCCCACCAUAGAAGAAGAGCUGCGACCAUUCCUGUUGGCACGCACCGACCACUUCCUGCAUGAGCUGGUCAGCUUCGCCCGCUCGCCGCUCAGCCUGGAACACUACGACAUGCACGCGGUGUACGAACCGCCGGACGCCGCCCUGGAGCUGGACGGGACGAGCAGCUCCACCGACAGCAGCUCGGUCAUCGCCAUAUCGGAGGGCGAGGAAGAGGAGAGGCGGGUGGGAGGAAGGUCAGAGGAGAGGCUGCCUGGGAGAGUGGCGAGCACUCUCGACGACGUCAUCCAAGCAGGAAGCUGCCUCAGCCUGGCGGCCUGGGACGACGAGACUCCAGGUCCCUCCUACUCCACCGCCGAGCCGUCGUGUUCGCUCGCCUCGCCGCCAUUCAGCCCCGCCCCGCAGGAGGCCGCCAAUGAGGAGGGAGGAAAGUGGGAGGAGGAGGAGUGUCUGAUCGUCGGAUACAAGAAGCCGAUCGCGGAGCGGACGCCUGAGCUGGUGCAGCUCUCCUCCGACACCGAGGAAGACGAGGAGAAGAAGAAGAAGAACGCCACGGAGAAACCUCCCCCGCUCCCCGCCACCACCCCUCCCCUCUCUUACCUACCCACAAUCCCUCCCUCCACGUCAGGCGCCAACAGUCGCGAGAAGGACGACGGGCCGACGGAGAAAGACGGUGAGGCGGGCGAGCACCGUGCACGCUCCUGGUCGGGCAGCUCGGGGAGAAGCAGGAACUCGGUGUGCACGCUCAGCCCGGCGGCGCCCGGAGAGAGCGAGCGGCAGAAGUCUGGCAGCGAGGCAGCGAUGGAGAAGAGGAAGAAGAAGAGGAGGAGGCGAGGGCGGGAGAAGAGCGGCGACCGACUGAGGAAGAGCGGCACUCUGUACAACCCGAACCGCUCCAUUUACCCCGCCAUGAUGCGUCACCUCUCGCACUCCCCCUCGCCGUUUCACUCCAGCGUCGAGUCCGGCUCGCCGCUCCCGCCCAGCCCGCCCGACUCCAGCUGGGAGUACCACUGCUCCCACAUCUCCCCUCUCACCUCCUCCGUCUCCUCACCCUCCCCUUCCUCCUCCUCCUCCUCACCCCUCUGCUCCUCGCCACAGCCGUCGUCACAGACGGCGCCGACGCCCUCGCUCUCCCCCAGCAACAAUCACCACGGAGAGAAACCUGGGGGGAAGAGGAAGUACAAGAGCCGCCACCUGGACAGCGAUGACAAGGACCCCACCUGGAGGCCGAGCAGCAGCAGCAGGGAGAAGAGGAGGGAGAAGGACGGGAGGAAGAGGAGACGGGAGAGGAAGAGGAGGGACGGCGGCGAGAGCAGACGGAGCAGAGACGACCGAAGCCCCAGUGUGGAGAUCAUCUACGAAGGCACCAUCACCUCCAACGCCACGCAACCUCCUGCCCGCAAACGCCGCAGGAAACAACACCGCAAGACGCAACACAGCAGCUCGCCGGUGAUCAUCACCCUCGACAGCGACAGCAGCCGCGACGACGACGACGACGCCAACAACAGCGGCAGCAGCAGCAGUCCAAUCAGCAGCCAGCAGACCGUCGACUUCUCCGACCUUCCUCCUCUCCCGUUGGUGCAUUCUGCCGGCGUGGGCGGGGCCUUGAACGCAGAAAUCGGCGAGCUUCCUGUCGACAUCCUGGACCGAGGAUCCGACGGGUCGGAGGCGGAGCCGGCGGGUCCUAUCGCUGUCGACAACAGCGACAACAGCGAUCGUGACGUGGACGUGGAAAACAUUGAAGAGGGCGGCUCGCUGCUGGGGUCAGAUGACGAUAACGGACCAAUGAGAACGGCCGAUACAAAGUUAAACACUAAUCAGAGAGACGUAGACGACGCCGCCGCCACGACGACGAAUCUGGUUCGCAAGAGAGACUCUGAGACUUCCGACCGCCGUCUACUAGCGACCAUCCUCAAUGACCUGAAGGGAAUUGCCGCACCUAAAUGCAAACCGUCUUUGACCUUUGACCCCAAUUAUUCACCCGACACCCGGAAACGGCGUCUUCGGGAUCAGAGCGAGGUCAGUCAGGCGAAUUCAAACCACGGCUGGAUGGCUGAGAUGAGGCAUGACGAGGGUCAGUCUAACGAUAUUGUAGACCAAAACCGGGGCUCUGACUUGCUGAUGUGUCGUACUGCCAUCCGCCCGCCGCCAUGUCGUACCACCAUCCGCCUGCUGCCGCCGCCUCUUGAGCGGCUGAAGGAGCGCCGGGUCGAGGGCAAGGAAUUCCCUCCGCUCCUGAAACAGGCCAGUCCCGUCAGGUCGCACAACAGAAACACGCCGCCGCCGUUAAAACACAAAGAUGCUGGGAGUCCACGGCGGUCGCCCGUACCUCCUGUUGACCUGCACUCACCUCACGCCGACCUCAGUCCGAACCCCGUUGACUCCCGUUUGGGCGCUGAGCCGCCUGCAGAUAACCAGACCAUCCCGCCCAUCUCCACGCUGAAGAGACAUUUCACGAGCGCCUUGGCACUGAGAGGAGCGUCUACUAGCGGCGUUUCAGCCAAUGACAUGCAUUCUUCCUGUCAUUUAGCAGCCAUAGACUCCCGUUCUCCUUCUAAAGUCGGAGCGCUGACCGUCGACAUCCAUUCUUCUUCUUCUGGGUCGGAAAACAGCCCCAUCGGUGCUGACUGCUUAUCGCAUCUCAAUUCUCUUCACUCUUUGAAUUCCGGCCGUGACAGCGGAAAGGAAAUAUAUAUAUCUUCACCCGUUGACUUGCAUCCUGUGAAUUCUUUAUCUCCCAUUGAUUUCCAUUCUGGCUGGUCCAAAGAGAAGCCAGCUCACCAUGACUCUACCUCCAGAGGUUGCAGGAAUAAGACUCUAAGCCCAGAUUCCUGUCGGGUAGCACCCUUUGACCUCCAUCCUUCCAGCAGGGUUUCUGCUGAAAGCGCACCGGCGGGCGGCGAUGUUUUCUCAGGAGUCAACUGUAACGACACAUCACCUCACUCCUCAGCCAUUGACUCCCACUCCUCCAGUAAGAGAGAGAACUUGCCAGGAAGGCUUCCACGCUCCAGAGUUAGCUCGGUGCCAACAACAGCUCCCAGCGGCAGGUUGUCACCCAUUGACGUACGUCCUAGAAGUCCCAAAUCUACUGUUGACCUCCACUCUUCCAGUGCAGCUUCGGAAGGACUGACGGACAACAAGGAAUCAUUAGUCAAUCACGUGGAAAGAUCGCCUUAUGGUCGCCUGCCACCCAUUGAUUUGCAUUGUCCCGUGCCACCUGUUAACUUACGUUCUUUUAUCUCCGUCGGCGCCGAACACUUGAACCACGCAGCCUUAUCCUCCGCUACCUUCCAUAAAAAGUCCAGCUCUCAACUUACCGUUGAGUCCCACUCAAAGCUUCUCCACCUCGCUGACUCUCACUCAAAACCUCACAACCACUUUGAUCCCAGAUUCCCCGUUGACGCCCGCUCAAAACUCCCCGUCGACUCUCAGCGGGAAUCUGAGCCGCCCGUUGACUCUCAUCCAAAAAACUCUCGGAGAGACUUUCAACUCCGAGCAGACAAUCACAUCACGUCGGCGGAGAACCAGUGGAACUCAAACUCCUCCGUUGACGUCCGUUCAGACUCUCAGUCGCCUGUUGACGACCGCUCGGCCGGCAGCAUCUGGAACACAGGAACGCACUCGGCCACGUAGGACUUAAACGUUUUGAGGACUUGAUGGAGAAAAUGUGAAAAACAAACUGCUGAUUUUUUUUACUUCCGUUGUUAUUCUUUUGUUUAUACGAUGAAUUUAAACGGUAACUUCUCUGACGCUGUGUGUCUGUUUCUGAGGAACGGAGUUCACUUGUUUGUUUCUCGUGGAGCUGAAAUCUGGAUAAAUUGUUUUAUUAAGUUCUGAUUCUUUUUUCAUUUUUUAUAUUUUUAAUUGGAUUUAAUCAGAUUCUUUUUUAAUUAAGUUUCAAACAGCCACUUAAAUAAUGUGAUUAUAAAGAAAGGAGUUUAUUUAGGGAUGAAAAAUGAACUUUUAUUUGUUGAUUUCAUGGUCAUAUGAUGAUUAUUGAUGAUUAUUGAUGAGUGGCACGAGGACGGAUCUAUUAAAGGACUAACAUUAA